AUUCUGCAGUUGUCAGCAGUACAGUUACUGUUUGACUUUUUGUUUGGUAAAAAGUUCACAGUUGGGAUUAGAGUCGAUCAUCCGAAAGUAAUUUGGAUGAUAGAAAAUGUGUUUAUUUGAUCAUGGGCAAGAACCAUGUUGUUUCGGUUCUUGUGAUCUGGUUCUGAUUGACUGUGUUUGGUUGUUCGACUGCAAGUGCAAACUUGCAGUGGGGGUAAUUGCCAGUAAUUAGUGGAAAUUAAAUAUCCACUUUUUGAUGCUUUGUAGAUGCCGAUGAAUGAACGGUAUUAAUUAUCCGUUCAGAUCUGUGUUUUUGAUUGAUUGGCUGUGGCCCGCUUAUCAGAAUUCUUGCUGUUUCUGAUGUAUUUGGCCUGUUCGAUUUUGGAUUCUCGAGCUCUUCGGAGGGAGAGGAUGGAUGAAAACCUCACCUGGAUACGAAACGUUUGGAUGGAUGGACGAUGAAACUGGACGCGCGUGGUGGAACGAGGAACUUUGGAGGACUUGGACGGAACACCAACUUCAUCAACUUGGACCUCCAUUGGAACCCCCGUCACACCCCGGAGUCCACGCGCGAAUGAUGAAACGGAUCCCCCAGGAUUACGGUACUUUCCUGGAUUUCGAGUUUUCUUUGAUUUUGUUGUUUGUUUGUUUGCUUUGAUUAACGCGGACGUUAAUUCUGUAGCAGUGGGGGUAACGCGCUAUGCGUAGUUUGCGCGUAUUACGUACGUGUUAUGACGUACGUGUUGUCUGUUCCGUUACGUACGACGUGCUGUUCUUAUCUAACGCAUUUGGAUCGCUAAUUGCAUCCACGAUUCUGGUUUAACUAAUCAGUCUGAAGUUUCUAACUUCUAUUAAAUCUGUGAGCUUGUUUCUAGCUGAAAGGUCGUGUGACUCUAGGUUAGAAGGAAGUUCAUAUCUCGUUCUGUUCUGUUCUGUUUGUUCGUUCGUUCAGUUUGGUGAUUAAACAUUUGGGAAGUUCCUGAGUGUUUGGGUUUCGGUAACUUUCGUUAGGCACAGCAAUCCGCUCGUACCUAGCGGAAGUAGGCAGUAGUACUUACGGAGUCCAGAGCAUAUUCCCACUCUACCGACUGAACAUUUCUGGGCCUAAAUUCUGGCGUUUUUAUGUGGCUGGCGUUACGGAAUGGAGUGAUUGGUUUAAGCCCUCGCCCUCUAUCCCACCGGACGCAAACUACGCACUACGGACUUAACUAGUGCUAACAAGAACCACUUUGGUACAUUGCGCAUUGUCAAGAUAUUGAGAUUUUUCACUUCGCGAAUGCAUAAAAAUGUACGGCAAAUAUAUUUCUUUUAUAUUCAACUGAUGGCGUACUAGGUGUUUAAUAUAAAGGUUUCGUAAAAUGUUCGCCAUAACUUUGCUCCUACUUGACUACAACGCCUCAGAUUGUCUGCUACUGGGUUGGUUUGGCUCAAGCCAUGUUUACCCAGUAAGCGCUAUGGCCAAGUUCGCUGUUAAUUGCCGCACUUUAGCCACGCCCGACCCUUUAGCCCCGCCCCAACGCGUUAAACCAAUUACUCCAUACGGACCUUGUAAAGUUAUAAUUAUAAUUUAACGGGAUUUAGUUUUCAGUCAUUUCACUUCAUAGAGUUAACUUUUAUCCUGAGUUUAAUAACUUUUAAAAUUUUAUAUUCUUGCAACUGGUUCAUCCUUGGAGACUAUAAUUAUUUGCGUACUGCAUCCUAAAGAGUAAAGACCUGCUCACCUAUCAGACCAGUAUGCUUUGCCAGACCGAUUUCACUGGAAAAUCCUGAGCACGAUUACUGUAUGAGCAACUCUGCAACUGAGCACCAAAAAUGGCUUUCUCCGAGAUCCUCACGGUCCUCUGGGAGUCGACCGUCUUUGUUGGCAACCUCAUCUUCCACUCCGUUGUCGCCCUCUCCGUCAUCCUGCUCACCGUGGGCAAAUUCCUCGUCAAUCUCUGCCUGGUCUCCGCCGAAUACAUCAUCGCUUCCCUCUGGGUGUUGGGACUCUUCCUGUACAACUGUCUUCCCUAUAUCGUAGACUUUGUGCAAAACUUUGCCGUCUUCCUCUACGAGGCGUGGAUAUAUGCAUGCAAUACCCUCAUGGACUUCGUUCUCUCGGUGUGGCAAUCCCCCCUGUUGCAUCACACGCGGGACGCGUUCAUCUGGGGCCUGGAGGCGGGGGUGGGGGCUGUGUUGCAGCAUCCCCUGGAAUGCGGCCGAGUGGCGGCGGGGGUGGUGUUUAUUUUUCUGGUCUUGAAGUACCGUCAGGAUUUGGUUGGCGUGGUGCAGCAGGGAAGGCAGGCCUGCGUGAAGAAGGUGGAGACGGGACGGAUGAGGGUGGCGGAGGGUGGACGCAGACUGAAGGACUGGGUGAUGCGACCCUUCCGGGCGGUCGCCAGGAUCCCUGCCAAAACGUCAGCUGCUGCAGGAGCGCUGGGACAGAAAAUCAAAGCCUCCGGUUCCGCGGUGAGUUUCCCGUCGCUGCGCGCAUUAUAUACCAGCGAGCAGCCGCAUCCCGAGGAGAGCGUCGAUGCACUGCGCUCGAACAUCCGCAAACUGAAGGAGCGGCUGGAGGAGGAACGCGACGGCAAGCUGUGCGUGGUGUGCCAUGAUAAUCUGCGCAACAUCGUCAGCAUCCCGUGUCGGCAUUUUGCACUGUGCGAAGACUGCAUCAACAUGCUGCCCACCAAUAUUUUUCACAACAAACUCUGCCCUGUCUGCCGGAAGCAGAUUCAAGAGCUCAUUAAGAUUUUCGUGUAAAUCGGAUUGGUAUCGCCGUAUGAUUAAUCAAACUUGGGUAUGAUCUCGUGCUUCUUUGCUUUCGUUGGUUCACUUGGUUGUUGCAGUGUGUUUGACAGGUAUUUUCGUUUUUUUUGCUCCUUAUUGAUCAUGGGUUGAUUUUUACCGUGUUAAGUUGUUUUGUGGUUGUGGAUGCUUGUACUUCCGAUCGUUCAGCUUCCGUUAUCGAACAGUAUUCUGACUACUAUUCUCCAUUUGAUCCACUUCAUUGUACAGUAAAUAGAAUUUUGUCCUGUUCAGAUAAAAAAGAGCUACACAA